AUGGAUGCGUUCGACGCUGCGCAGAAGUCAUUCCUGAGUUCCUUAGGCUCAGAAGAUGUUACGACCCUCAACUCACACAACACAGCAGAAGAUGUCCUUGCAGAGGUUGAAAAGGCUGAGGAGGAACAUAGAGGAAAAUGCAAUACUCGGAACUACAUGAAAAAUAUCGAAAAUUUCGUCAAACGCGUCGAGCAAUAUGGCAAAGUCUUAGACGUAUACAUGAAUGCAAAGCCAGAAGUCUUGUCGUUGAUCUGGGGAACUGCUCGGUUGCUUGCCCUUGAUUACCUCGAAUUUUACGAAAAUUUACUCGACAUGUUCCGCCAGCUAGGAAAAACUCUAGGAAGAUUCGGAAUUUAUGCCCGACUCUAUCCUAGAUCGGAUCGCCUCAAAUCCUCUCUGAUCGCUGCAACAUUUGUCAUUAUUGAUGCCUUGGAUGAGUGCGACGACCGGGACAAACUCCUAUAUUUCAUUGUGGAAAGUUCGAAAUCCACACCAAAUCUAAACCUGCUUGCAACAAGUCGGAAUGAAAAGGAUAUACACGACACACUGCAAGGUUUACCUCAAGUAGAACUAACAGAUGCAAAUACUACUCUCGAUAUUCGAAUCUUUGUGGUAGCCCGCCUCGAGGAGAUGAUCAAAAACAGGAAGCUAAAACUACGAGACCAGAACCUUCGACACGAGAUCUUCGAUUCACUUUGCUCUCGAGCCGACGGCAUACUAUCACGAUUCUUGCUCGAGAAUGGAUUCACACCCAACGUCAAGCGAAGUCAUCAAGCAGUUGAAGAUGGUGAGUGCCCAUAUUUUGGUGAAGUUCCCCUACCUCUCGCAAUUCCCAUCGGAAGAUUUGACCUUGCCGAUCUGCUUCUUGAUCAUGACGGGGAUCCAAAUCUAGCUGAUGAAUAUUCCGGAAACCCACUCUACGCUGCUGUAAUGGUACAGAAUGUGAGGCUGGUGUGCAAACUGCUCGAGCUUGGUGCAAGGCCAAAUGAAGACAUUACGACGGGUGACUCCUGCUCCAACAUCGUUCACAUUGCGUCACGCUACCAACAUCCCACAAUACUUCAAAAGCUUCUGCAACAUGGUGCCGAUGCAAAUACUCACUGUUACAGCUGUCCAUCUGCACUCAGGUCCGCAAUCAAGGCACAGAGAAUAGGGACGAUUGACAUACUGGUUAGUCACAGGGCCGAUGUUAGUGAACCUGAUGCAUAUGGUCGCGUUCCUAUGUCUCGAGCAAGAGACCUCGCCUAG